CAUGAUGAUUGACCAAUAAAACAGUCAUAGCAACAACCACUGGCCAAUAGGCACAAAGUGUGGCGAAAAUGCUCUAAAAAGUGGGUAAGUAUAGAGGAACUGGUUGGUUGUUUCCUCGCAGAAGACCAGCAAGCAAUAUCGGAGGGUGUCAGGUGCGGUGUAACGGAGGACCCCAGAAUACAGACGAGCAGGCAGCAUGAUGAUGCCGCCUGAGCUCUGUAGGUGAGAAGAAGACAGGUGCUUGCAAUUCUCAUCAGGUUGGAGGAGUAUAAGAGAGUAGCCCGCCAGCACUUCUACGCCUGAGUGUUUGCCAAUUGUGGCACCGCUUCAGCCUGGUUCUUAUUAGCUGAUUCCUCGUUUCAACUGAUCUCCAAGCCUCAAGAUUUCAAGGGAAGGUUUUGGAUCCUAUUCCAGCUGGCUGCUACUCGCUCUCCAACCUCCUGGCUUCAAGGUCUAGUGAACCCUGUCCACCUUCCAACGUUUCUCACUUCCAAGCCCGGUAUCUGGAGCUCACCACCUCAGUAAGUGAGCUGACCUCAGGGAAACUUCACCAUUGCAUGCUAUGUGAAGGACCAAGGGGAGAAUUACUUCAGGCAACUGCUGUGCUCAUGGUUCCAACCCCCUCCUUUGGGUGUGAUCCAGUUCCAGUCCCAGUCCACAUUUCCUAUCUGUAAAAAUAAACUCAUUAACCUUUUCUCUGUCUCCUGAGUGUUCUCUGCAUGUGGGUUAAAUUGGUCAAUAAAAAGAUGACAAAAGUAAAGAAAAGUUGGACUACAGACUGACAUUAAUGACCUGAACAUUUUAGUAAAAUCGUUAAGACUAAAUGAACCCCCUGCAGGAACAAUUAAAUCUUUAACCCAUUCAUUGAUGGACUCGGUGCUUUUUGGUCAAUAUUGCUUCUCCAUAAAAACAAACAUUUCUCCCUGGGGAGGAGGUAAUUACUUAGCAUCUGAGUAAUGGGGGAAUAUUCCUUUUAAAACUUGUCCACGUCUGGACCAAAAUCAGAGCCUUCUCGUCGCUCUGUAACCUUCCUUCUAACUAUUUUUAGGAAAGCCCAGCUCAGCCACGGUCAGACAAGGAGGGGUCUUCUGCAGUUAACUGCUUCUCACUGCACACAGCAAGGUCAGCCUUACUCAGUUAUAAGGUGGAAACUCUCAAAUCACCUUUGUCCUCAGUAAAAAACUUUGCUAUAAUUUUAUAACUUUUGAUUUAAUUACCAGUGUCAGGAUCUACUGUUUUGUGUUUGUUUACUCAUGUCAUUCUCAUAUGCUCUCUGGUUAGUAGUUAUGUGCAUUUAUGUUUGUUCUCUGGCUAGUGUGGAAAUAUAAAUGCCUUAUUAGUAGCUAAGACUAAGAUAUGUUUUGGACUUUGCUGUUUAUAGAUUGAUUUUUAUCAGGAGUUUUAGUUAUGCUUUUGAUAGUUAGAAAAAACCUUAACAAUAGCCCCUAGUAUUAUAACACGAGUGUUCAUUAUUCAAAGUUGAGGUUUGUAGGCGUUUUCUGUCUGUAUCGUGAGAAGCCGGCAGUGUAUUGGGGAGGCAUGCUACUCUCUGUGCUGGUCGGAACUUUUGAUAACUAUCUACCCUGAAGCUUCCUGAAGACAUGUGGGAAACAAUUCUUUAUUAGUUGAUGAAAUGUAUCUCUGUUUUUUUAUGCUGUUGCUGGGGAGACAUCCACAGAUAGAAUGAUUGUGUAUGUAACUGAAAAAAAGGUGCUGCACAACAACGUGGAGUAUAUGACGGAGGGGAGAGCAGCCCCCAGUCAGACAGCACACAGACGUUUCCAGGUACCUGUGUAAGUGUGAUGUCUCCCUAUCUGAAUUCAGAUUGGUUUUAAUAAACUUGUGGAAACAUACAACUGAUCUCUGAUUGUCCAUUGGGGUGCCAAAUAAAAAGAGUAAAUGAGAGGUGAGGAGUAAUGUAAGAGUUAACGAACGGCCAGUGAAGUUUUCUCCACUCGACAAUUUGGGGCCGUGACCCGGAUUUGGCUCUAACUAAAGGAUAAUUAAUUGACUACGAGGCGGACGUCGUUCGACAACACCACAGGGUUGACCCAAAACAAAAGGUAAGGAGAUCUACAUUUAUUCUCCUUUUGCCUGCUAAUAGUGUAGGUGGUGUUGUGGAAUAGAUAUCUGUUUUCUACUAAAUUUACAGUCCUGAUCAGUUUUGAGUAAAAAUAUUUGUUGAUUGAAAUAAUGUAUUAAGGUAAAGAAAUUAUAUAUUGAGUAAAAAUAUUUGUUGUAACAUACUUUUCACCCAAGAUACUUAAAUGUUGAGGGUGUAAAAGUGAAUAAGUUCCGUAUUUAGCAAUCCAAACUCAGUCCUGAUGAGGACUGGGGUAUUUAGGCUGGGGUUAGUAAGAGCCCCCCUGAGGGACUGGGGACCCCUCUUAAGUGGCAAGGGAUAGGACCCCAAGACUCUGAAUUGGCCGGUGAGGGAAGACAGAUCAAGAUACUUAAAUGUUGAGACUGUAAGAGUAAAUUUAAGUAAAACGAAUUCCAGGGAGUCAACAGAGGGUUGAUUCCUAGGUGUCAAACCGGGUUUGGCACCACAGCGGUCAGACCAGGAGAGAUUGAAAAAGAGAGUCCCGCUGAGUGGGAGGGUGUGAGGCCCUCCGCACGCGCAAGCUAUAUAUCCUAAGUGUUGUGUUUGUAUUUGUCUAACUGGAUUUACCGUGCAUAUGAGUGAGAAGAGAAUAAAAUUGAGUGGCUGCGAAUGGCUGUGAAUGGCUGUGCUUGAGUGUGAUUGAUGUGAAAGGAAUUUAAAUUAUUUGUGAAGUGAUGCUGCCAAGCAUAAUGCAUAAGAGGUGAAGUGAUUGUAGAAGCUGUGAUUAUAUUAUAAAAUGUACUGCCAUAGAAGUGAAAAAAAAAAGGGAAAACAAACGUAACAUAGUGUAAUUAGAUAACAGUUGAGCAACAUGGAACGAGAAAUAGAUAGGGAAAACAGUGAUGAUGGAUAGGGAAGAGGUCCCUGGCUCCCGUUGUCAGAACAGGUAGCAGUGCUGGUAGGAUUUAUGGAAAAACAUGAGAAAAAGUCAAAGAAGGAAAUCCAGAAAACUAUAGAAAACAUCAAGGAGGUGAUUGUUGAAGGAGGAGGAGGAAUGGAUGACAAGGAACCGUUAGGUAGAUGGUUGAACCGAGAAUAUAAGAGACAUCUGAAGGAUAAAGAAAGUUGGUUGAUUAAAGCUGAUAAGAAAGGAGGACUUGGUGGGAGAAGGUGUAAAGCUGAAGCAAAAGACGCAGGGAAAAGAGAGACAGAAUGGGGUCGUUUGUUGGUUUGGUGGCAGGGAUUGAUCCACUGGUGUAAGGAGAGAACACAAAAAAAGCAGUCAGAAAAAACAGCAGUACCCCCGCCGAGUGUCCCUCCCCCCUAUAGACUCACACAUGGUUUAUAUCCAGUGAUAGAUGUGGGAAGUGGAGAAAUAUAUAUUAGGGGAGACACAGAAUCAGGCCAGUUAUGUGCGCAUUACAACCCGUUUGUCCCUGAACCAUCAAAAGUAUACACACCACAAGUGGGUGGACCUGCCUGUUAUGAGCCCUUCUCUGACUGCAUAGAGAGAGAAGCAGAGGCCCCUACACAGCACUCUACACCAUGUGUGUAUCCCCCGCCUACAGGAGUGAGCCAGACCCUCCUGGGGAAUUUUAAAGAGAAAUUAAGUGUUUUGAAAGUGUCCGGUGAAGACGGAGUGUGCGGCUCUGACUCACAAUCUAGACAGAAAACGCGGCCAGAGGCACCCAGCUCUGAGCCUGAUUACUACCGGUCUGGUGACCGGCAGACAGUGGGGACUCCUGUAAAGGUGGAGAUAUCCCUAAAAGGCAAUUGGAUCCCUGAGCCAGAAGUAAAAGAGGAGGAAGAAAGUGUUGAGCAGAGUAGUGUGGCUUCUGGCAGUGACUGGUUGAGUGAAAGAGCUGAAGUAGGGUCUGAGACAGAAACAUAAGAAACAGACUUUUAAGAGUGGUUACACAAUUGGAAUCAAAAGUGCAUGAAUUAUAUGAGAAAGCUUCUCAACAGAUGACAGAAAAACAGUUUAAAGAUUCUGGGAAAACACACACCAUGACUACUCGUAGCCAGAGCGGUCCAUCCGGACUUGUCCGUUGUUGACCUCAUCAGUUGGAAUGAUAAAAUAUGUCCCUUUUUCAUUGGGAGAUGUACAGGCAUAAGUGGAUAAGUUGCCACCUAUUGCAGGACGUGGGCGUGUCUGGUUACAGGAAUUAGAUACAUUGACUAAAGGCAUGACACUGGCCUUGGGUGACUUUAGAGCAAUUUCAGGGCGAUCUGUGCAUCCCUCGGUUGCUAGAGAAAUAUAACAGAAUGCUGAUUGCAGUAAGGACCCUGAUGACACAACCCUGACACGUGUAAUGACAGCCCUAGGGAACGCCAUAAGAAAUCAGUAUCCGCCCACCGCCCUCGUUGCAGUCCCUCAAUUCGAUUGGGAUCAGCAUCCUAAAGAGCACAUUAGUGCUGCCGUGGACAUGUGGAUGAGACACACAGGAGUUAAUCCCAAGGGUGGGGGGACAGGAAUGGGAGAGCUGUUUAGAGAAGCCAUAUUAAAAGGAGUUCCUGUUGAGGUGUGUCAAAAGAUGAAAAAUAAUCCUGAUUUGCAGGGAACAGACUUCACAAAGUGGGAAAAACAUUUAAUUCACCAUUUACAUACAGCUCAGGAGGCAGAGAAAAAGAAAAAGGAGAAGGAGCAGCUACAGAACCAGCUCCUUAAAUUGCAGCUGCAAGAGGCCAAAGAGAAAUUAAAUAAGAGAAAAAUUGAUUAAAAACUGAAAAUGUAAUGUUAGCUGCAGCUGCAUCUCCAGCAGCACGCACUCCCAUGUCUAUGCCACCACCUGUGACUGAUCAGUGGCAAGGAAUGGAUUUCCCACUCCUCCACCCUAUCCAUUUUAUA